GGGAGUAGGGGCCUGAGGGAGCCAGUGAAAAGGCUGUACCGAGGCACCCAGGAGACCCAUCGAGCUUGGACCUGCUACCUGUGGGCAGAUGGGUGAAGAGCAGCCCAGCAGCUGGCAGGAUGCUCUCUUCCCAAAGAGGAAGCUUUUUGAACCACAUGCAAUUUCCCUAUGUGGCUGUUUCAUUUCUGUGCCUCCACAUCUCCUGCACUGGCUUACAGAAACAUCUUUCCUGAGCAGCUCAGACUGAGUCUUGCCAGGAACUUUGUGCCAUCAUGGCCCUGCAAGGUCUGCCUCUGGCCUUUCUCCUGGCCCUUGCCCCUCUGCUGCUUGCACAGGGAGAGAAGGUCUCUGAUCCCAAGAGUCAAGGGGGAGCCCAGGAAGCAGAAACAUGUCAAAGACCUGUUUCGUGGGACCCCAGAAUCCAGAUGGCUCCAGUCCGUGAGAAUUACAAAAAGAAUGAAGAAGUGACUCUGAGCUGCAACAGUGGUUUCCAGCCAUCCUUCACCUAUGUCAUAUGUGCAGGGCCAGCUCAGCUAUUGAAUUAUUCUGGAUAUCUAAACAGAGAUGUGUGGCUAGGGAGGAACAGCAGUAAUGCCUGGAUCCCCAUAGAGGAGAACGUAGUGUGCAUCGAAACAUGUCAAAGGCCUCACUGGGGCCAAGGGCUCUGGCUGGCACCAGACCAGAAGAACUACAAGAACAAUGAAGAAGUGAUGCUGAGCUGCCCUGAGGGUUUCCAGCCAUCCUUCAGCCAUGUCAAAUGUGCAGGAAAAGUCCUGUCCAUCAUCAAUGGGAAACCUGUACACAGAGAAGCUUGGAUUGGAAGGGACAGCAGACGUGGAUGGAUCAACAUUGAGCCUUCAUUCAGUGUGGAGUGCAUUGAGAAAUGCCAGAAGCCUCAGGGGAACCCCAGGUUUAUCUUUGACGAAGAACGGGGAACCUUCAAUCUAAGUGAAGUGGUGAACGUGAGAUGCCCUGAGGGGCACUGGCCUCCCUUCAUGGAGAUUAAAUGUGUGAAGCUGAAUCCAAGGAAAAGCUCCACGAUUCCUCGCAGUGGAUGGAUUGUGAGGCAUGGUGAAGGCCGUUGGGGCAUAAUGGAGGAAAACUUGACCUGUGUGGAGAUCCUCCAGGUUGUCUCUGAGACCUUGGAGAUUUCCAGCACCGGCAUCAAACUUAACUGGACCUGCAGGGUCCCUGAUGUCUGCAAGAACAUCCGGGCCAGGUGCCGUCUGGAAGAGCCUUCCUCCCCUCCCUGUGAGGCUGAGGAGCUGAAGGGAGAGGAGAUACUGCAUGGCCAGGAGGGAAUGUUCGCCUGUCCGCCUCUGCAGCCUUUCACUGUCUACAGUGUCAUCAUCUCCCUACCCCCCAGCACAAUCCUGUACACACAGCUCCUCAGGACAAAGGAAACAUUGCCAGACAAAGUGGAGAAGCUGCGGCUGGAUGCAAGAACAGGGUCCCUCCAGUGGAAGGCGCUGCCGUCCUGCAAAGGGGAGAUCAUUGGAUACCAGGUGAACAUCACGGCCAGGAGAGCACACGAUGGCAGCUUCCUUGAAUUUGAGCAGGUGUUGGUGAACCAAUCUGUCACUCAGUACACACUAUCUCGUCAGACACCUGGAAGCAAAUACAGGGUGACAGUGCAGGGUAUCACGGCAGCUGGUGCUGGACCUGCUUCACUGCUGGAAUUUCAAAGCUACGUUGCAGUUGCAGGGCAGCCUCUGGGCCCGUGGCCGGGGACGGCAGUCACGGUGGUGGUGGUGCUGUCAGUGCUGAUCCUCCUGUCUGCAGGGAUCCUGUGGUUUGUGCUGUCCAGGAAAAAGAAGGCCUUGCCCAGCAAAGCUGAGGAGGAGCAUUACACAGAACUCCAGCCUUAUGAGAACGCGGAUGAUUACUGCGUGAUCAAGGAUACUGUUCUGGCAGAAAGAGAUGCAGGUAAAGGUGUCCAGCGUGGAGAGCUCAAGACUCUGCCUGUCCUGAAGUCCUCAAGAAAAAAUCAGAGCAUUAAGGGAGAAGAUGACGUGGCUGUCUGAGACUCAGUGGUGACGGCAACACCCAUAGCUCCUUCUUGAGGCUUAGUGCUCCACCUCUGGAAGCAAGACCACAUAUAGCUUGUGCUGGGUUAUUACUCCCCCUAAAAUUUUGUUUCUAAUCAAGUUCCAGCAUCCUCUGUCACAGAGCAGAAGCAGCUCACGUCCUGGGAAGACCUUCUUGCGUCAGCAAGGGCAUGUUCUGGUAGUCCUCCAGUGCUGUGCCAAAGCCGUCUCACCCACACACAGGUGCCUGCAACUGUUCUCUGAGAGUGAAGUAGCUUGCUGGUUCCCCAUCCUUAUUUCCUCUCUCUAUACCCUCAUAUACACCUAGACCCCAGUCUCUGCUUGAAUUUGG